UCUUUUUUUUCCCGUUUGUUUCUCCUUUGACACGUCGAUGGUGAGAAUCUCGAAGCUCAACUCCGGGCGCUGCCAUGGCCUUCGCUAAUUUCCGGCGCAUCUUGCGCCUCUCUAACUUUGAGAAGCGGCGAUCCAAAGAAUACGAGCACGUGCGCCGGGACUUGGAUCCCAACGACGUGUGGGAGAUCGUCGGAGAGCUGGGCGACGGCGCCUUCGGCAAGGUGUACAAGGCCAUAAACAGAGAGACUGGAGCCUUAGCUGCUGCCAAAGUUAUUGAGACAAAAAGUGAAGAUGAGCUGGAAGACUAUAUGGUAGAAAUAGAGAUUCUUGCUACUUGUGAUCACCCACACAUUGUAAAACUGCUAGGAGCCUUUUAUUAUGACAGCAAGUUAUGGAUUAUGAUUGAGUUUUGUCCUGGUGGAGCUGUAGAUGCUACUAUGCUAGAGCUGGAUCGAGGCCUGACUGAAUCCCAGAUCCAGGUGAUUUGUCGCCAGAUGCUGGAGGCCCUGAACUAUCUGCAUGGCAAGAAGAUUAUCCAUCGAGACUUGAAGGCAGGCAAUGUGUUGCUAACCCUAGAUGGAGAUAUUAAACUUGCCGAUUUUGGAGUAUCAGCCAAAAACAUGAAGACUGUGCAGAAGAGGGAUUCUUUCAUUGGCACGCCAUACUGGAUGGCUCCCGAAGUAGUGAUGUGUGAGACUAUGAAAGACACCCCUUAUGAUUACAAGGCUGACAUCUGGUCCUUGGGCAUAACACUCAUAGAAAUGGCACAAAUAGAGCCACCUCAUCAUGAGCUGAACCCUAUGAGGGUCUUACUGAAAAUAGCCAAAUCUGAUCCUCCGACUCUUAAUUAUCCAUCAAAGUGGUCUCCAGCAUUCAGAGAUUUUCUGAAGACUGCACUUGACAAAAACCCUGAGACCCGGCCAACUGCCACACAAUUACUGGAACAUCCUUUUGUCAGCAAGGUCACCACUAAUAAAGCCUUACGUGAGCUGGUGGCAGAGGCAAAGGCUGAAGUGAUGGAGGAAAUUGAAGACAAUAGAGAGGAAGUUGAAGAGGAGGACUCGUCAGAAUCUGCCUCUCCUCAAGACGUUCAGAAGAGGGAUUCCUUUCUCGCAAACCAGCUAGGCUUGGGAGGAGAAAAGGUUCAAGAAAACCACUUAUCACUUGUAACCAAUGGACCAAAGUUGCCUUUGGAGCACGUCAAGGAAGCUAUAAAUGGACAGGACAGCAGGCUUUUGGAGGAAGAAGUCGGAACUGAAGCUCUGGUCAAAACUGCUGAGCGCUCAGAUUUGUUGGGAAUAGAAAGUUAUUCAGUCCUGCCUGGUGCCAAACAAAAGUUAAGCACCAGCCCCCAGGCAUUACAGCCCAAUGAAAACAUUAAAGCAGCAAAGGAUGAGGCUGUCAACUACCAAAAGGAAAGCCCUGAAACAGCAAACAGCGAGGAUUCAAAUUGGGGAAGCCAAACUGUAAACAGCCUCCUUGAAACACCGACUGAAGAAAAAGUCCCCAAUGGGAGUUUGAACUCUUCUCAGUUUGAGAAUGACAGCUUCAAGAGAGAUUCUGAUUCCGGAAGCACCUCUGCUUCAGAGAGUAUGGACCUCAACAUCUCUUUGUCUACUGAUCUGUCCCUGAACAGAGGCAGUGAGUCCCAUUCCCUAAAGAAUGCAAAAAUGCAGAACAUGACACUGAAACGAACAAGAAGGUUUGUAGUAGAUGGAGUGGAAGUGAGUGUUACUACCUCAAAAAUCAUCAGUGAAGAUGAAAAGAAGGAUGAAGAGAUGAGAUUCCUCAGGCGCCAGGAGCUGCGGGAGCUACGUUUACUUCAGAAAGAGGAACAUCGGAAUCAGACACAGUUAACAAACAAACAUCAGCUGCUCCUGGAACAAAUGUUGAAACGUUUUGAGCAAGAAAUGAAUUCGAAGAAGAAAUUUUAUGACACGGAACUAGAAAACCUAGAACGGCAACAGAAGCAACAGAUUGAAAAAAUGGAACAAGAUCACGCGCUGCACCGGCGAGAUGAAGCUAAACGUAUCCGUGCUGAGCAAGAACGGGAUCUGGUUAAAUUUCAAGAACUGCUGAAACAAAGAAAGAAAGAGCUCAAAAAUGACAUUGAAAAGCUCCCACGGCAACAACGCAAGAGCAGCAUGAAAGUGAAGAUGGAUGAAUUUGUACAAAAAAAGCAAGUUAUGGAACAAGACUUUAUAGCCAAACAAUCUGAGGAUCUGGAGCAGGCUAUGAAAAACAUUACAGCUCAGAAUCGGAAAGAGAUCUGUGACAAAGAACGAGAGUGCCUCAAUAAAAAGCAGCAACUUAUGAGAGACCGAGAAGCUACUAUUUGGGAUCUUGAAGAGCACCAUCUGCAGGAGAAGCACCAGAUUUUGAAACAGCAACUAAAAGAUCAGUAUUUCCUCCAGAGACACGAGCUGCUCCGAAAACAUGAGAAGGAACGUGAGCAAAUGCAACGAUAUAACCAGCGCAUGAUAGAACAGCUGAAAGUUCGGCAGCAGCAAGAGAGGGCCCGUCUCCCCAAAAUUCAGAGGAGUGAAGGGAAAACCCGCAUGGCCAUGUAUAAAAAGAGUCUCCAUAUCAACUCCAGUGGAAGUGCUUCAGAACAGAGAGAGAAGAUAAAACAGUUUGCACAGCAGGAAGAUAAGAGACAAAAAGCUGAGCGAGUACAACAGCAGCAGAAGCACGAAAUGCAGAUGAAGGAGAUGUUGGUUCAGUGUGAGAGCAACAUGAAUGAACUCCAGCAGUUACAGAAUGAAAAGUGCCACCUUCUGGUUGAACAUGAAACUCAAAAACUGAAAGCUCUGGAUGAAAACCACAACCUGACCCUCAAGGAUUGGCGAGAUAAACUUAGGCCAAGAAAAAAGGCACUGGAAGAUGAACUCAAUCAGAAAAAGCGAGAACAAGAGAUGUUUUUCAAACUCAGUGAAGAAACUGAUGAUCUGUCUCCUAUGUCACCAAACAAGCCUGCUAAAUUUGUGCCAUUCAGCUCUGCAGAGGCUUCAUAAUACUUGGGUUAAGAAAGCAAGGCUUGGUAAUACUUGCUUUUGCCUGUUGAAGGGAAAUCAAUAGACAGAGCUCCUUCCUCUCUCUGCCUACUGUGAUCAGAGUUUCCUGUUCAGUUGUGUGCCGGAUAGUCAGUGUGGCUAGCAAUCUGAUCCACUAGUGGUGAGGCAAGUUCACAUAUAGGUUAGAAGCAAGCUAUAGCAAGCUUCAAAGGGACCAGCUGAUGGGGUCAACUGCAGAAUCUACAUUGCUUGCUGAAUCCUUCCCCAGCCAGUUUCACCAUUUCCUAAUGGGAUAGUAGAAAAGGUAUAAGACAGGGAUCUUCAAACUUGGCAAGUUUAAGACUUGUGGACUUCAACUCCCA